AGAAUCUCAUUGCGCUCACCAAGGCGUCGGGUCCUCUACACAUACGCCUUGGGAACUUCAUACUGGUCAAUGCCCCACUAUAUGGGUAGUACGGCCGGGCACAUGAUGGCAUGAGGAGCUAUGCCCAGGACCAGACAUCACCGGUCGUCGCGCCGCGUACCGCCUCUCAAGGACAGUGACUUCGACCACGAAAUAAACCUCGUCGACAAGGAUGGUGAGGAGGAAGCACCCCUCGGGCCUUCGUCGGCCGGGCCGUCCUCGCAGCGUGGUGCUGCAGCGACCGGUGCCGUGAUGUCUCUGGCAGCCGACGGAGAAGGCGACGCGGGCGGAGAGACGGGGGAGCAGGAAGAGCAGGGGCAGCCGUCCGUUGUGAUCGACGAGCCCACGCCGCAGGUCGGAGCCGGCGAUUCAGCAACGUUGGCAAAGACGGCGCAUGUCCACGGCAAGCCCAAGACGCCCGAAUCAGAGAUUGACGUACUUUACGAAAACCAACGGGGCGGGUUCCUGUGCGGGAUACCCCUCUUCUCCUCCAAGGCGCUCGGUAACCUCGACCCGCCCCCGUGGACAAACUUUGCGCACAAGCCGAGCCCAACCGAUAUAUACACGGCACAAGUGCCCGAUCCCAGCUGGGAAUGGGCCUGGCCCGAGUGGCGCAUCAACUAUGACAUGGACGUGGACGAGGACGGCUGGACGUACUCGUUUGCCUUUUCCAGCAAGUUCUCAUGGCAUAAGGCGCGGUGGUGGAACUCAUUUGUCCGGCGACGGGCGUGGAUCAGGAAGCGGGUCAAAAAGAACGAAGGCUAUUCCGUGCAGGACCAGUACAUGCUGAAUCCCGACUAUUUCACGGUUCGGCCGUCCUCCGAGAUGGCGAGGGACCGCAGUCCCAGCCGGGCUAGCACCGUCCCGGGCAGCAGAGCAAGCAUGAGCACGGCCAACAUGGAGAGUGCGGAGCCACCAGCCAUUGAACAUUCCGACGAGCUCUUGCGCGUGCUCCGCGUGUCCCGAAUCGACAGGGAGAAGAUCGAGGCCGUCGGCAACUAUCUCGCGAACGCCAAGGAGGAUUUGGAAGGUCUGCAGGCCAUCAUGCACGAGAUCAUUUCCCUUUUUCUCUUCCAGGCAUCUCGCCGGGUCCUCCUGGCCAACCUGACUGAAGCCUACGACCAGUCGGUCGCCGAACAAAAGGCCGCCAAGGAGAGCAAUCCAGAGCUGGACCGGAAGGUCGAGAACCUCGCUGCGGCCAUCAAACACGCAGAUGAGGAGAUGAGAAGGCUCGAAUACUGGAGCGAUGUCAAAGGGAUAGCCGAGGAAGGAGAGUCGAAAGCCGCCGUGGACCACAAGCAAGGGUGGGAUUCAAAGACUUGGCAAGGGGUGGACAGUUCUGGCCCAUCAGCGCCAUCAGCUCCUGAACGCGAAACCAAGACACGGGAUGGGAAGGAAGCUGAGGACGGCCAGUAUCCUUAACGAAUACUGUUUCACGUCGUAGUCGGUUUGCAUCUAAGGAUCCUCUUCGAGAUGCCGGAGGGAUGCCAUUACGUUUAUGUACCCUUCCAAGUCCUUUGUCAUUGAGUCAGUCCUAAACUCGAGAAUUCGAGGCUUUCACCUUUCUUCCCAUCUCCAACCAAUAAUGAGAAAAAAAAAAAGGAAAACGAGUACACGGCACGGAGAACCCGAGCGAGAUUGCUAAGUUCUGCUAAAUCAGAAACUCAACACCCUUCACCCGGCUUCGAUAGAUGGAAACGGGCACACAGGUUACCGAGAAUACCUGCUCGGCCAUAUCUGAAUUGAACCUGUCACAAUUCCCACGGGCAUGAACGGCACGAAUCCAGGUGGAAAAGAAAUGGCGGAAAAAAAAAAGGGAUGCUUUGCGUUUACUAAUGAGGUACGGAGUAUGUACUUUGGGUACGUACCUAGGCCACCCGGUCAAGAGUUGCUAUUGGCACUGUGUAGGUGGCCUUCGGGCGAU